AUGGCCUUGGCGCUUUACGUGGCUGCUGUGGUCCGGUGUGACAAUCGGGAUCAGGGAGAAGGUAUAGAACACCGGUACGAAUACACGGAGAGGCUUUUACAAGGGGUGUAUAUGUCGUCAAAGGAAUCACAAGCUCGGGAGCAGUCAACUGAAGACAAAGAGACGGCUACACCUGCAAAGGUGGCAGGAAUGUUUCAAGACCUGGACAAGAAAUGGGCUGCCGGUGGUAACACAGACUCUGUGCUGGUUGGAUACGCACAGUUGAUGCGGUCAGCACGUUCGGAACGACAACGGGGUGCGGGUGGACGGAUAAGCCCGACACGAGUUGACGAUGACAUUGAAUACGAAGAACAUCUCCAUGCUGGCUGCAGGGCCCUGCAGACUGGAGACCUGGAAACAGCAGAACAAAGCUUUGCAGCUGCGCUCAAGUCGGUUCAUUUCAAAGGUCCACAUGGGAAGGAGGCGGAGCCCCUGUACAGGUUGGGCGAGGUCUAUCUGAAGAGAGGAAUCCAGUCAAAGGACGGAGGCGACUUCACCAAGGCUGCAGCACUCUGUAAUGCAGCACUGGUAAGGUCAAGGAGAGAAGACAUGGAGGAAAGAGUUCAGGAAAUAACUCAAGCAUUUGUUAAGGAAGUCCUGAAGGUCGAACAGAAGGUAGACAGUGAUGAUACAGAGAAACACAAAUUGAUGUUGAAGGCUGAUAGGGACUACGUAGAAAAAGAGAUCAAAAGAAUUGACCAAGAGGUAGAUCCGUAUAGCCUUGAUGAGAAUGACCCACAGAUAAGAGAAGUGGAGAUGAAGAGAGUGGAAGCAAUCAAAGCAUUGUUUCAGACACUUGUUGAUCAGCGUAAAACGUUCAUAGCUGGCCAUGUAGAUGAAUGCAUGGAGGUAAUGGGCCCCCCUCCCUGUAAGUACGCCAUGAUAGGCUUAGGUUCACAAGCCACAGGGUUGGUAACACCAUACUCUGACCUGGAAUUUGCCAUUUUGGUAGAGGAGGAAAUCGAGCAUAAUGUAAGUUAUUUCCGCAACCUGACUCAUUAUCUGCAUCUCAAAGUUAUAAAUCUGGGAGAGACCAUUCUCCCGGCCAUGGGGAUUAGUUCUCUGAAUGAUUUCUACUCAGACAACCCACUGGAUAACUGGUUUUAUGACUCAGUAACACCGCGCGGUUUUGCGUUCGAUGGAGCCAUGCCACAUGCAUGCAAGACUCCUUUGGGCAGGGGAAGGAACAGUUCAGGAUCAAGCGAACUAAUUCGCACACCAAGCAAUAUGACCAACAUACUAAAGGAAGACCUCACACUUCAUAUAAAGAAAGGCUAUCAUCUUGCUAUCUGCUGA